GUUAGGGUUUCCUCCCUACUUGUGAACCAUGCCAAAGAGAGUGAAGCCCACAGGGGAGGAGAACGAGCAAGAGUCUGUCCCUUGCAAGCAGGCGAAGGAGGAGCUACCCAAUACGCUUUCUGUAUUAAACUUCGACAGCCCCAGGAGCUUCUUUGAAAGUUUAAUAGCACCCAUCAAAGUAGAGACAUUUUUCCAGGAAUUCUGGGAACAGAAGCCCCUUCUCAUUCAGAGGGAUGACCCUUCGCUGGCUGCAUAUUACCAGUCUCUGUUCAGCCUCUCGGAUCUGAGGAGUCUCUGCAGCCAAGGGCUGUACUAUGGAAGAGAUGUCAAUGUCUGCCGGUGCAUCGGGGGGAAGAAGAAGGUUUUAAAUAAGGAUGGCAAAGCACAGUUUCUUCAGCUGAGAAAAGAUUUUGAUCAGAAGAGGGCAACAAUUCAGUUUCAUCAGCCACAGAGAUUUAAGGAUGAGCUCUGGAGGAUCCAGGAAAAGCUGGAAUGUUACUUUGGCUCCUUAGUAGGCUCAAAUGUGUACAUGACUCCCGCAGGAUCUCAGGGCCUUCCUCCACAUUACGACGAUGUUGAGGUUUUUAUCCUGCAGCUGGAGGGAAGGAAACGUUGGCGCCUGUACUCCCCAACUGUGCCCCUGGCGCGUGAGUACAGUGUGGAGCCUGAGGAGCGGAUUGGCACACCAACACAUGACUUCCUGCUGAAGCCUGGCGAUUUGUUGUACUUCCCCAGAGGGACCAUUCAUCAGGCAGAAACUCCUUCAGGCCUGGCCCACUCUAUUCACCUGACUAUUAGCACCUACCAGAACAAUUCAUGGGGAGAUUACCUUUUGGAUUCCAUUUCGGGGCUUGUAUUUGACAUUGCAAAGGAAGAUGUGGCAUUAAGGACUGGAAUGCCCAGGCGGAUGCUCAUGAACGUGGAAACCCCAGCUGACGUAACAAGGAAGUUGAGCGGCUUUCUGAGGACUCUGGCAGACCAGCUCGAGGGCAGAAAAGAGCUGCUCUCAUCAGACAUGAAGAAGGACUUUGUCAUGCACAGACUGCCCCCUUUCUGUGUGGGGAGUGGAGCAGAGUCAAUGAACCCAGGUGGAAAGUUGCCAAGGUUGAACAGCAUAGUAAGACUGCAGUUUAAAGACCACAUUGUCCUCACAGUAGGGCCAGAUCAGAAUCAGUCUGAUGAAGCUCAACAAAAGAUGGUUUACAUCUACCACUCUCUAAAGAAUGAGAGACAGACGCACAUGAUGGGGAAAGAGGUGGAAACAGAGAUUUAUGGACUUCGCUUCCCUUUAUCCUAUGUGGACGCUCUGAAGCAAAUCUGGUGUGGGUCACCAGUUCGUGUUAAGGACCUGAAACUUGGCACAGAUGAAGAGAAGGAGAACCUGGCAGUGUCUCUCUGGACAGAGUGUCUAGUCCAAGUGCUCUAGUGCCUUAUGCAGAGAACUGUUGUACUUUCAGUGAGGGGGACUUAAUCCCGAGGGCACUUGGUGUUCUGAUUAGUGCUCUGGGUGGAGCUGUGGUUGGUUACAGAGAAGAGCAGGAGAAAGAAGCUGGUUCAUGUCCUCAUGGACACGAGAGGGAAAACAGGAAAUUAUUAGGCAUCCCAGGCUGUGAUAAAACGAUACUUUGGACAAGUUUAUUUAAUCCAGUGUUGUAGAAAAGGCACAACUCCAGUACAUACGUCAUAUAGAAUUAUGUCAUUAACCUGGCUUCUUUGUCUUGGUUCUUUGGAAAAAAUAACUCCUUUAAAGAGCAUCCUUGGCUCCAAAAAUACUUUUUAACAAUUAAAACUUAGGAAUAAAGUUGUUUUUUUUUUUACAAUGAAAAUAUACAAUCUUUGAGCAUAAAUGACCCCUUUCCCCAUUAAAAUAAACAUGUUUUGUGUAAUACUGCCAGCCCAUAAGAGGUACCCAGCAUCGGUGGAUAUUUGGAGCUCUCAGACGUUGCUUGGAAGAUGACAGAAGAGCCAGACCAAAAAAAAAAAAAAAAAAAAAAA